AUGGACUCAAUCUCUUCGAAGCUUAAGUCCAUUGAUCUAUCUCAUUCAAAAUACCUCAUCAAAACCCCAAAUUUUGAUGGAAUUCCUCAUCUUGAAAAGUUGAUUCUUGAAGGGUGUUCUAACUUGGUUAAAAUUCACCAGUCUCUUGGGCAACACAAGAAACUUGUCACUGUUGACUUGAAAGAUUGCAAAGAAGUUAAAACGCUUCCAGAAAAAUUUGAGAUGAAUAGCUUGGAGACUUUUAUUCUAUCGGGUUGUUCAAAAGUUAGAAAACUUCCUGAGUUUGGAAAAGAUAUGACAUGUCUAUCGAAGCUUGAUUUAGAGAAGACUGGUAUAGCCAAACUACCUCAAUCACUGGGCAAUUUGAUUGGUCUCGUUGAAUUAAAUUUGACAAACUGCAAAAAGCUGGUCUGUCUUCCAUGUAGUGUUAGUAAGUUGAAAGCUCUGAAAGUUAUCAAAAUUUCUGAAUGCUCAAAGCUUUCAUGGCUGCCAGAGAAUUUGAAUGAAAAUGAAGCUUUGGAAGAGCUGGAUUUGAGUGGGAUUACAAGGGUUAUCAUUUAG